CACCAGCGCUUUGAGUGACAUCUGUUUUGAGGCUGCAGGUGAAAUUAUCCGGUUCGUCUUGAGAGUUGUUGCGACUGGCGUCUUCAAGUAACUAGAAUGGAACGGUCGAAUUAGACUCCAGGAAGUGAUCUUCAACAGCGGCCUCUACAGGAAUGGAGAACGGAGGCUCAAUGAAGUUGCUAGACUACGGGGAGGCAUCAUGGGAGAAUGCCGAGAAGAACCGGUACAUCUUGUGCCGUUUCAUCAACCCCAACAAGCUGACCUCAUAUCUGCGCCAAUGCAAGGUCAUCGACGAACAAGACGAAGACGAGGUGCUCAACUCUCGCCUGCUGGAGUCCAAAGUCAGCCGUGCAGGUCGGUUGUUGGAUAUACUGCACACGAAGGGAGAGCGAGGCUAUGUGGUUUUUCUAGAGAGUCUAGAGUUGUACUACCCAGACCUCUACAAACUCGUUACUGGGAAGGAGCCUACACGCAGAUGUUCCACUAUAGUCGUGGAGGAGGGCCAGGAAGGCCUAAUCCAGUUUUUAAUGAAUGAAGUCAUAAAGCUUCAGCAGCAGUCCAGGGCUAAAGAAGUGCAGCGGGUGGACAUCAUGACCAAAUGCCGCACGCUAGAAGAUGAGCACAAGAAGCUACGACUGGCCAACCAGGAGCUGCACACCUUCCAGGAACGCUACAAUAAGAUGAAAGAAGAGCGUAAUAACUAUAGCGAUGAACUUAUUAAGGUGAAGGAUGACAACUAUCAGCUGGCUAUGCGUUUUGCCCAGCUCAGCGAGGAGAAGAAUAUGGCUGUGAUGAGGAGCCGAGACCUUCAGCUAGAGAUUGACCAACUAAAGCACAAGUUGAACAAGGUGGAGGAGGAGUGCAAAAUGGAGAGGAGGCAGUCUCUGAAAUUGAAGAAUGACAUUGAGAACCGACCUCGGAAAGAGCAGAUAUUUGAGCUGGAGAGAGAGAAUGAGGUCUUGAAGAUCAAACUCCAGGAGUUGCAGUCCAUCAUACAGCCCGGGCCUCUACCUGAUUCAGACAAGGCCAUCUUGGAUAUCCUGGAGCAUGACCGACAGGAGGCUCUAGAGGAUCGUCAGGAGCUAGUCAACAGACUCUAUAACCUGCAUGAAGAGGUCCGACAGGCUGAGGAGCUCCGGGACAAGUAUCUGGAAGAGAAGGAGGACCUUGAAUUGAAGUGCUCCACUCUGGUGAAGGACUGCGAAAUGUACAAGAACCGCAUGAAUACGGUCAUGGUGCAGCUGGAAGAGCUGGAACGUGAGCGGGACCAGGCUUUCAAGUCAAGAGAUGAUGCACAACACCUCGUGUCUCAAUGUCUGAUUGACAAAGACAAGUACCGCAAGCAAAUCCGGGAGCUGGAAGAGAAGAGCGAUGAGCUUCAAAUAGAAAUCGUACGCAAAGAAGCCAAGAUAGUCAACCUAGAGUGCAAACUGAGACGGAUGGCCAAAGAAAAUGGUUUGGAUCAGAGUCUGCCACGGGACAUUACUCCACUAAUUAUAGCUCAGCACUUCGGGCAACCUGAAGGAAAUACAGGAGGACCUUCAGAGGACUCUGGAGAAGACACUGUUGAUGAUCAAGAGCCUAAGCUUCAACGCAGAUGUAACCUUAAGGGCAGAAUCAAUCGACCAAAAUCUCCAGCUGCUGGACCCAAAAGUCCUCUAUUCCAAGCCAUGCCUUUCAGCAAUGGAGAUCUGUUAGAACCUGCUGCCACUGACAACACAGGUCUACACAGUGCUAGUGCAGUGAUUUCUCCCGCAGACAUCUGCUGUAAAAAUCUGCGGUGCCGUAAUGACAGUAUCAUGUCCACCGUGCCGGAGCCUCCAGACCAGAACUCCAUUGUCAGGAGAAUCAAGGAGAACUCAAACUCUCAAUACAAAUUUAUUCUCCCUUCAGAAUCUGUAGAUACUGACAGUGGAGACAAUGCUGAUAUGGAUGACCAUGACUUAGACAUGUCCUCCUACGGGCCUUCAUCCAUCCAUUCAUCUUCAUCUUCCCACCAGUCUGAGUCAAUGGACUCGUAUGAUCUGGAGCAAGUCAACAACAUUUUCAGGAAAUUCUCUUUGGAGAGACCGUUUCGUCCUUCACUGACCUCAGGCCCUCCGCAAAACCCAAUGCGGCCAGUUCAGAGCCUUUUACUCUCUGGAGAAAACCUUCUGUCGGACGUCACUCUGAUUGGUGGAAAUGAUAGUGGCAUCUUUGUGUCCUCUGUCCAGUCUGGUUCUGAUACAGAACGGGCCGGAGUUAAAGUUGGACAUCAUCUUCUACUGUUGGAAGGCAGUGUUCGUGGAGAAGCUCAGAGUGUGGCUUUGGACACCUGCACCAAAGAGGAAGCUCACUGGACCCUGCAGAGAUGCACCGGACAAGUGCAUCUCCAUUACAAGUCCAACUAUGAUGGCUACAGGCGGCUGCUGAAGGACAUUGAAGAUGGCACAGUGGUAUCCGGAGACUCUUUCUACAUCCGUCUCAAUCUGAACAUCUCCAGCCAGUUGGACAGCUGCUCACUGAACGUACGAUGUGACGAGGUUCUCCAUGUUAUGGACACCAUGCACCAGGGCAAAUGCGAGUGGCUGUGUGCCCGAGUGGACCCUUUCACCAACAAGGACACGGAGAGAGGCACCAUACCGAGCUACUCCAGAGCCCAGCAGCUCCUCUUGGUGAAGAUUCAGAAGCUGAUGUGUCGAGGAGGUCGAGAGGAAGUCGACACACUGCAGAGACUCCGGAACACUUUACAACCUGAGGAGCCCACACCAUCUCAAGACCCCAAGUCUAGUCCACGUCUGUCCAGAGCCAGUGUCUUCAUCUUUCAGUUAUUACAGUUUGUCAGCAGGGUGGAUAACAAGUACAAGAGGAUGAACAGCAAUGAGCGUGUCCGCAUUGUCAAUGGAGGAAACCCAUCAACAGUUUCCAGACCAGGUUUUGAAACACUAAGGCCUGAGGAGGCGUCUGACCCAGAGAGCGACUUAAACAAGAGCUUGAAUCUGAUCCCAUACAGUCUAGUGACCCCACAGCAAUGUCAGCGCAAAAGACCCGUCCUCUUCACCCCCAACAUCCUCGCCAAGACCAUCGUCCAGAAGUUCCUUAAUCUUGGAGGUGCUAUGGAGUUUAAUAUAUGCAAACCAGACAUUGUGACAAAAGACGAAUUCCUCAUGAAACAGAAGAUAGAGCCCAUCAUUUAUUCCAAAGAAAAGCAGGCCUGCACAUAUGAAUGCAUCACCCCAGAAAACAUCGAAGCGGUUGCCUUCAAGAAUAAGCACUGUCUUUUGGAAGCUGAUCUGAGCUGUGUGAAAGACUUGUUGAGGAGAGAGAUCUAUCCCAUCGUGAUCUUCAUCAAAAUCUGUGAAAGGAACAUCAAAAAACUGAGAAGACUCCCUCUGAAGGUGGACUCUGAGGAGGAGUUCUUGAAGAUGUGUCGCUCCAAGGAGAAGGAGCUGGAGACGCUGCCGUGCUUGUACACUGGUGUGGAGCCUGACUGUUGGGGAGGGGUGGAGGAUCUCGUCAAGGUCAUCAAGGACAAGAUUUUUGAGGAGCAGAAAAAGACCGUCUGGGUGGAGCAGGACCUGCUGUGACCCGAUCACGGGAGCAACGUCUUAUGGUGCACCAAAACUCUGUUUCCAGCUAGGGUGGAAUGUAUGCAUGCAGCACAAGCGUGUGAACAGGAAGUGACUCCGUCUAAGGCGUCAAAGGUGAGGUGUGUUUCUCUCUGCUGUCAAAAAAAAUGAAAUGCAAACACGUGAAAGGGGGAAUGUUACCAUAUGAAGCUCCUGAGGUUCACUUGGUAAGCAGUGGAAAUGUUCUCAUGCCCGAGCUUCCUAUCUAUUGUCAAUAAAAUAUUAUCCUUCCCAGCAUCCACCUGUAAUAUUUAAUAUAGCGCUGACCACUGAAUUUUGCUUCAGUUGUGUUCUGGUUGAUUUGUGCAUAACUGUAAAUGGAAUCUGAUUCCAACAUUAAUGCAGUAUACAGUAUGUAUGUUUAUCUUUUAUAAGCAAAUUACAUGAAUUAAUAUUUGUGACGUCUAUAUUUAUUUUAAUAUAAGCCCACAUUUGUAAUAUGUUUGUAAAGGUUCGUCUUUGUGCAGAUGACACACACGUGCUUAAUUCUGUGUCCAUUUCAGCUGCUACCUAAAUACUUGCCAAGGUUUUACUGCAUCUCUAGUAUUCAUACUGUAUUUCAAAGGCAUUAUCUGUAUUUACAUGUCAAGCUACUGACUGUAAUUUGCAACCGUUUUAUUUUUAUGUUGGCAUUAUUUUGGAGUUUGUUUAAGCUGUCAUUGAUUGAUGUCCUGAAGUGGGAUCUUCUCUUCUCUAUCUGUCUCUAGAUGUUAUCACAGUGAAAGCUGUUUCUGGGGUUUACUUCAUGUAAUGUUCCAUUCUUUAAAGAUGACUUACUGCUUGCCAUUUAGAAAUAUCAUGAUUUAUGGGUAUCUUACAAAUAAUACAAACAUUAAUAUAUAUAUAUAUAUAUAUAUAUAUAUAUAUAUAUAUAUAUAUAUUUUUAAGGUUAAAUGUAUGGGAAUGUAUAAGGGAAAAUUUUUAGGCUUUAAAAAAUAUAUAUAUAUUCAUGCGCUCUGUAUUGUCACAAAUUGAAUGUGUGUGCAUAUAAUGAAAAGGGGUUUUUAAGCAUAAUUUUCUGUCUAGCUUCUGUUCUCUUGAACUUUUUCUUGUUUUAUUAUUACAUAAAUAUAUAUUUGACGCUGAAUGACGAUGGAACAUUAUUUCACAAAAUUUAAAAUGUGAAAAAGUAGAUACUUUUCUUGCAUUUAAUAUGCUUUCCGUGUACAUGACUUCGCUUUUGUCAAUUUAAUUUGGUGCUGACACCAAAAUGGGAUAUCUUGUCUUCGACCCAUACAGUAAAAAUAUACAAACUCAAUGUGUAAUAAUUAUAAAAGAAUUAUGAAAAAACUAUUAACGAUUGAUGUCAGCUACCCCUGUGAUUCUAAACGUACAGCAUAUAGAUGUGUGUAUAAUUAUUGUUUAUGAGUGAUGCGAUUUUUAGGGGAAGUUUAAUGUACCAACCGUAGCACCUUAUAAAAUGAAACAAAAGUCUAUCGUCUAGAAGACAGGAGUUAAUGUUUGUAUAGCAUGUAAAGGCAUCUUAUCCAGGGGGCUGUACAUCAUGUUGAGGGAUCACAUUUGGGGAAAAAAACUAAUUUGUCACUAUCAUUUUGUCUCUUUUGUGUAAUCUCCAACGCCCAAGCUUUGAUUUAAUCUAUUUUAUGUAAAUAUUAUUUUAUAAACAGACACCAGAAUGUACUUUGCAGCUGGCACAACAAUGCAUGCUGUGUUUUAUGCAAUAAACGGUUUUGAGAA